AUGAAUACAUCAUUGAGUAUUCCAAAAAAGCCAAAUAGUUGUAAUUCAUCAGUUUUGGCAGCUGCUUCGUUGAAUCACACUGGGAAAAACAUACCGAAAAUUCUUACUCCUAGAGUCAGAGGAGAAAAUGGGCCUUUGCUUAUGCUUGAUAAGCUAAAUAGUAGCAAUGCAUCAGUUUUGUCAUCUGCAUCACUCAAUCAGACUACGAGAAAUAUAACGAAAAAUCUGCAUGCACAUACCCCAAGAAUGAAAGAAAAUAUACCUGCUACAGAUGAAGUGAAAUUUCCAAUGCCGGGUGCAUCUGCAUUGAAAAGUUAUAAAGCAUAUCUAAGCAGCUGGGAACAAGGGGAAAUUUUUAUUCCUUUUAAUUUGAAGGCAAAAUUUUAGCACAUAAAAUACCUAAUAGAAUGGUCUCUAUAGAAUAAUAUAGAUUACAAUAAAAUUUAUUUUAUUGGAAAUCACGCUAAAAAAUCACACUUAAGAGUUGGCCCAAACAAUGGAUUUGAUGAUGAUAGAGGUGAUUAUAAAAUUUCUUUUACCCCACACCUUGAUUGAACGAAAUUAUUGGGUAAAUAACCCCAUCCUUAGUUGAACAAUUUUCAUAUGGCCAAAAUGAUAAAUACUCUAAUUCAUCCUAUCUUCUUUUAAUAAUAAUGAAUCUUACCGGUUCGAUUAAUGAUAGGGGGAGUUAGGUGACCACAUAUGUUACCGCUAUGAAGUUAAUCAACAAUUAGGUAAAGGCUCUUUUGGGCAAGUAUUUAAAGCAUACGAUCAUAAAGAUAAAGAAUUCGUAGCAAUGAAAAUCAUAAGAAAUAAAAGUAGGUUCCAUCAGCAAGGUGUUGUCGAGGUAAAAGUUCUAAAAGCCCUAAAAGAUCAUGAUUCCCAAGAUAGAUAUAAUGUAGUGCAUAUAAAAGAUUUUUUUAUUUUCAGAAAGCAUCUUUGCAUUACUUUUGAGCUGCUUACUCCCCCCCUCCGUGAGUGAACAAAACCAUUAGAAAAAUCGCCAUUUUUUGCCCAAAAACCCCCACCCUUUGUGAGUGAACAAAAAAUUUUUAAUAGAAAAAAAUUUUUAUGGAAAAAAAAAAUUGAUAUAUAAGUGAUAAUUAUUAUAAUGAAAUCUAGAGAUAAUUCUGUUUAAUUUUAAGCAGAUUGCUUUUUAAAACAUAAAUUUAUAAAUUAAAUUAAUAUUUGCUUUCUAUUUUUGCGAAUUAGGAUUUUUCUAAAUUUCGAAAACAAAUAUUUUCUAUAAAAUUUAUAUAUAAAUUGUUUUUAAAAAAAGAAAAUAAACCCGGGGGAGUUAGCAUAAAUUUGUAUGAUUUUAUAAAAAGCAACCAUUUUCAUGGACUAAGCUUGCCUUUGAUAAGAAGAUUCGCAUACCAAAUCCUUCAAUGUCUAAAACUGUCCCACAGAUUAGGAAUUAUACACUGCGAUUUAAAGCCCGAAAAUAUUUUAUUGAGGCAAUCAAAUAAAUCAAGCCUAAAAGUUAUUGAUUUUGGGUCAUCUUGCUAUGAAGACCAAAAACUUUAUACAUAUAUACAGAGUCGUUUUUAUAGAGCGCCAGAAAUUAUGCUUGGCAUUCCAUAUACCCAGAAUUAUUUUUUUUAAAAUAUCAUAAAAAUUUAUAUAAAAUUAAAAAACAAAUUUUCCAUAUACAACUGGUAUUGAUAUGUGAAGCUUUGGCUGUAUUUUAGUUGAACUUUAUACAGGCUACCCACUUUUCCCUGGCGAGUCUGAACUUGAGCAGCUACAAUGUAUUAUGGAAGUAAAAGGAAUACCUCCAUAUAGCAUUCUCCAACAGUCCACCCGGUCUAAGCUAUUUUUCGAUCCAUCAGGAUACCCAAAAAUCACUGCAAAUUCUAGAGGUAAAAAACACUACCCAAGUACAAAAGAACUUACUACCCACCCUUUUGUGGGCGAGCAUAAAUUGCUUUGCUCACUAGCAAAGGGGUUGUUAUUUUUUAUAUUAUUAUAAUAUAUUUUGUUUUAAAAAUCCCAAUUUGCGAAUUUGGGAAGAAAAAUUUAAUUUAAUUUAGUUUUGUUAAAAUUCAAUAGAUUAAUAGAGAUUUCCAUAUAAUAAUUAUCUUAGCUUAGAUAUGAUUUAUUACUCAUCACUACCGCCGCAGAGAUGUGAAGCCUUAUUUACUCGACGUAGUUGCGGGCCUCUUAGAUGGGUGCUCAAGCUUUCCAAAGAGACUUCCUUCAUCAGAUAUAGAAGCCUUGCCAGAAGUUGGCCAAGGUGUUACUUGGCUUCUCUACUAUUCGGUUAAGGAUCUCUCGCUCCGUCGAGAGAUAAAGUGGUUUAAAUUCUGUUCCUCCUAAAAGCCAAAACCAGGCCCCAACAGCGCUGCUUGCCUGGCAUAUCAAGCUAAAGGUUCACUGCUAAAAAAACCAGAAUAAUAAAAUUGCUUGAGAAUGGAAAAGUUUUUGUAGAGAACUUAUUUUAAUGAAAAGAAUUUAUUAUAUAUCACUUACAUAUCAAAAGUUUUAAUUUUAAAACAUUCUGUGCUCGCAAAUGGGAGACUUUUCGAGCAGUUUUCAAAGGUGGAGAGUUAAAGAAAUUUUACGAGAUACUGAUGCACCGUUCCAAGAUUUUAUUGAAAAAUGCUUACUUUAUCAUCCUUGAUUAAACGACCCUGUAUUAAAAAAUAUUCCAAAAACGUUUUGUAUGCUAAUAAUAAGAGAUAGAGUAUGCGAUGCACUAGCAAAUAUGUCACAAAUUAGUAGAAUUGUGCAAGAGCAGCUAUACUAUAAUAUCUUUUAAUCUUAAAUCUACCUAUCGAAAAGUCCACUGCAAUUCCUAAAUGACUAUCUCCACUCAUAACACUUCCCAGCCUGCUCCCCAAUUCGCUUUUCAGAACAUCACGAAGGUUGCUUUUGCCAUGCGGGGUCUACACUUUCUACACAGUUGGAUGAGUUUAUCAUACUUUACAUCAACACAGAUUGCGUGCCAAAAUGGUUGAAUUACUUGAAGGCUCGACAAAAAUAAAACCCUAAGCCCAGAGCUUUACUCCUGAAUUCAAACUAGAAUACAUUCCCAAUUAGCAAGGAAACUAACCUUUGGCCCUCAUUUGAGAUCCCUUUCCAAUUCUUGAUCCUAUUUGCCGAUCAAAAACACCCAGAACUGAAUGUAAGCUUGCGGUGGGCAAUUCCGGAAUAAGUUUCACCAAAUCAAGUAAACCUGACAGGAUACUCGCUCCUGAACGUCAUCCUACCUUAUGAAUUCCUGCACACACUUGCUGGAGUCAGCUAAGGACUUAAGAGAUUGGGCUGGUUCGCCACGCCAUUUAAUGUAUAUAUACUGUAAUAUUUUGAGCAAUUUUAAAUAAAAUCUUCGCUCAAGGUUGAGGGAGUUAGAAUGGGAUCCAGAAAGGAGAAUUAAGGCAGAAGAGGCUUUAAAGCAUAUGUGAAUAAUGGAAGGAAUUUCUAGGCCCCCUACAUCAUCAACUCCAAAAGCUGCUGAAAUUCCUAGCUCUUUCUUAAGAGCAAGCAUAAUAUAAGCAUUUUUUUGUAUAAAAAAUAUUUGUAUAUAAUAAAUAAUCGUUAUAGCGAGAUCCCUAGUAUCGUCUAAUUCAAUAAAAUUUUAGAAGGCCUUUUAUUGGUAAAUAAAUUUUAAAAAAAAAGCAGCAUUUAAUAGAGUGAAAAAAAGCUUUGCCUAAGCCUAAAGGAGUAAGCCUACUCAUAAGCAUAAAUUAAGCUAUCAAGAGUAUGCAAAAUCUACACGCCAUUCUAAGCCUGGAAGUUUUUUAUUUUAA